GAAGGCGGCGACAAGAUGGCGGCGAUGGCGGCCUUCGGGCGGCGGUUGCGGGAGCUCGGCCGGGCGGUGGGGUGGAGGGGGGUGCAGGUAGGGGGCCCCCCCCCCAACCCACCGAGGACCCCCCCCACUGUGCUGGAGUCGACGGCCGACUAUGCCUUCGUGGAGAGGCUGCUGCCCCCCACCCGCGUCCGACCCCCCCCGCACCCCACCUACCCCACCCCCUCGGGCUGGAGCCCCCCCAGAGGUCAACCCCCCCCCCCGGCGUUACCGUACUUCAUCCGCCGCUCCCGGCUCCACAACCUGCCCGUCUACCCCCACCUGGUGAAGGGCAACCGGCGCCUCACCGAGCUACGGCACGUCGAGGGGGACAUCUGGGCGCUGGAGCAAGAGCUGCGAGAGUUUUUGGGGGGGCUGGGGGCGAAGGAGGUGGAGGUGCAGGUGAACGAGGUGACGGGGAGCCUGCGGCUGAAGGGGCACUGGCAGCGGGAGCUGCGGGACUGGUUGCUGCAAAAGGGCUUUUAGCACCCCAAAAUAUAUCGGGGGGACCCCAAAAGUGACCCCGAGGUGCUGGGGAAGGGGGGGGGGGCACCCCGAAGUGGAGGGGAAGCUGCUCGCGAGGCGGGGGGGGACCCCAAAAUGGAGGCGAAGGUGCUGAGGAGAUUCUAAAAUGGAAGUGGUUUGCGAGCGGAGCAGGGGGGACACACGCAAAAUGGGGGUGAAGGACCCCAAAAUG